AUGAGAGGCAUGAUUCUCUACAACACCAUCAAUCUGUUACUGGGCAUGGAAGGAUUUAAUGUUCAUCAGGACACGCCGACAGAAAUUCUAUAUACGGUUCUACUGGGAGUCGUCAAGUACUUUUGGGGUCAAUCUGUUUAUCUUCUCGAGAAGGCAAAGCUACUGGACGUUUUUCAAGUGCGUCUCGACUCUAUCAAGAAGGCUGGGCUCAAUGCUCCAUGUUUCAAUGCUGAGUAUAUCUGUCAUUAUAAGGGUGGGCUCAUAGGGAAACACUUCAAAAGUUUGGCGCAAGUCAUGCCCUUUCUCAUUCAAGACUUACUGCCAAGAAUGGUACUUGAUGGCUGGACGUGUAUUGGUGAGCUCGUUGUGUAUGUUUGGCACACAGAGAUGGAUGAUAUAGAGAUAUACUUGACAAAGCUUUCCUGGACAAUUGAGGAUGUCCUCAAUGUCACAGCAAGAUGCGCACCAAGCAUUCUCAUCUCAAAGCCGAAAUUCCACUUUUUGGUCCAUCUUCCCACAUACAUUCGACACUUUGGACCAGCCAUUCUCUUUUCCACUGAACAAUACGAGUCGUUGUAG